GGCGGGGCCGGGGCGGGGCCGGGCUUGAAGACGCGUCGUUGGGUGUCGGACGACACGGGGACGGACGGAGCUCAGCCGGGCUCAUCCGUUGAGCGGAAAGCUUUUGUCCGGGUCCCGGCCGAGAACGAGGCCCCCGCGAGACUCCCCCAAUGGUGUCCAUGACUUUCAAGCGGAGCCGCGGCGACCGGUUCUACAGCACCCGGUGCUGCGGCUGUUGCCAUGUCCGCACCGGGACGAUCAUCCUGGGGACCUGGUACAUGGUGGUUAACCUGUUGAUGGCAAUUUUGCUGACUGUGGAGGUAACUCAUCCAAACUCAAUGCCAUCUGUCAACAUUCAGUAUGAAGUCAUUGGCAACUACUACUCAUCUGAGAGAAUGACAGAUAAUGCCUGUGUUCUUUUUGCCGUCUCUGUUCUUAUGUUUAUAAUCAGUUCAAUGCUGGUAUAUGGAGCAAUUUCUUAUCAAGUGGGUUGGCUUAUUCCAUUCUUCUGUUACCGGCUUUUUGACUUCGUCCUCAGUUGCCUGGUUGCUAUCAGUUCUCUCACUUACUUGCCAAGAAUCAAAGAAUAUCUGGAUCAAUUACCUGAUUUUCCCUAUAAAGAUGACCUCCUGGCAUUGGACUCCAGCUGCCUCCUGUUCAUUGUUCUUGCAUUCUUUGUCUUAUUCAUCAUUUUUAAGGCUUAUCUAAUCAACUGUGUUUGGAACUGCUAUAAAUACAUCAACAACAGAAACACACCGGAGAUUGCUGUGUACCCUGCCUUUGAAACACCUCCACAGUACGUUUUGCCAACCUAUGAAAUGGCAGUGAAGAUGCCUGAAAAAGAGCCACCGCCUCCUUACAUACCCGCCUGAAGACAUCCUGCCUUUGUCAAUAAACCCUAUACCAGCUUCUUGGCGUGUUUAUUUUACAGAAUGCUGCAAUACAGGGCUCUUCAACUUGUUUGAUAUAAACUACAUUUUCCUUGUGUAAGCAUUUAUUUUCAAACACUAACCAGCUUUUGGGGCAUCUAUUAGAAGUCAGUUGUUUCUUGUUUUGUUAAGUCUAUUACAUUUUAGUAGUUUUUGAAGACAAUCUAGUGAAACGAGCAAAGUGCCAUUGUUUGCCUUUAAUUGGAGGGUGGGGAGGGGUGCUCUCUGCACACUUUCUUUUUAACUUUGCACUUCCUUUAUAUAAUCGUUUGCAUUUUGGUUAUUUGCUGCCCUGGACACGUUCAGGAGGAAUGAAUAAGAUAUUCAUGGUGAGUGAGUUAGGUGUAAGAUCUGAAGUUGUCAGCUGUGAAAACAGGACAAAAUGUAUGACGUUUUAAGUUGACUGUGGAAAUGACGGUUGCAUGUUUCUAAUUUGUAUGUUUCCAUUUUGUGAUAAGAUGCUUUAAUAAAUUUCUUAAAAU